UGGCAUUGAAAAAGCAGGACAGGCAGCACAGGGCACUCAUUGCCAGUAGAGCUGCUGCCUCACAGCUUCAGUGACCUGAAUUUAUUCCCGAACCAGGUUUGUCUGUGUGGAGUUAGCACAUUAUUCCUGUGACCAUGUGGGUUUCCUUCAAGUGUUCUGCUUGCCCCAUAUCCUAAAGACAGGAAGGUUGGCCACUAAAUAGCCUCUAAUAUAUUAGUAAGCAGUAGAAUCUCAGGAGAGUUGCUGGGAAUGUGGAAGGAGUGAGAUAGUAUCAGUGCUUGAUGAUGAGCAUGGACUCGGUGGGCCGAGGGGCACUUUCUACAUGGUCUGAUUCCGUUAUAAUAACAUCUGGAAAACACUCGGCAUUUAAAUUGAUUCCUUUCAUCGUUACACAUUUUUAAAUUAUAAUUUUUGGUAUCCUAUUUGUUGUGAAUAAACGCAUGAACUGGAAUACAGUUUAUGUCAUUGGGUAUCUCAAUUUUAAAUGAGAGAAAGUAUAGCAAAAUGAGAAGUGGUUAUUUUGGAUGCUGUUUUACAAGCACCCAUAAUAGCUUUAUGGAUUUCAAAGUCAAUCUAUUGUGACUUUGACACAAUUGUGUGAUGACUUUUACCCGUCCUAUUGAAUAGUCCUGCUCAAUUGAGUAAGUGCGGGAAGGUUAUCCACUAAUUAGUGUAGUCUUAAGAUACAACGUGAAAGUGGGCCCUUCGGCCCACUGAGUCCGCGCUGACCAGUGAUCCCCGUACGCUAACACUAUCCAACACACCAUGGACAAUUUACAAUUUUUACCAAAGCCAAUUAACCUACAAAUCUGUAUGUGUUCGGAGUGUGGGAGGAAACUGGAGAUCGUAGAGAAAACCCACGCAGGUCACGGGGAGAGGAUACAAAUCUCCGUACAGACCUGCACCCGUAGGCAGGAUCGAAACCGGGUCUCUGGCGUUGUAAGGCAGCAACUCUACCGCUGCGCCACCGUGUCGCCCAAUUGAAUACAUACAAGUUGAAGUCUUGGCUUUGCCAUCAACGGUCAAGCUUGUGCUGAAGUAAAAGCAAAUGAACCAUGUUGGCAAAGCUGGAUUUAGAAAUUGAUCUCAUCUGGGUUAAAAAUAACUUCCCAAAAUGAUAUAUUUACCUCAUUGGCUGAAAAGCGCAUUGGGGUUAACGGAAGAUAUAUUUUGUAACAACACAGGACAAGCUUCUUCCCUUUUGUAUCAACAUCAUUCUUGCCCCUCUCAAUCCUACACCUGACUUUAUUUUUUAUCGUCUCUCCAUGCCUCCCAAAACAAUUUUUGCCAAGCCUAUUAUAUUCAAUGACUCAUAGGGUCACCUCUGGGUUUCUCCUGAAGCUGGUUUUGUAGUCUCUGUGUUGUAUAUAAAUCACCCUCAUUCAGAGUAGUUUGAACAAGUUUAAAUUCUGGCCUCCCAUUAUUGGUUCUCUAGGCGAGGUAUAUAUAUAUGUGUGUGUGUGUGUGUGUGGGUUUUUUAAAUCAAAAUGAACCAAGAUUUCUGUUGACCUUUAUAAUAAACUAUUAACCAGUUACUCCUGCCCUGGGGUGGUUGUCGGUUUAAUUUACCGGCACCACUUCCUGUCACUGUUGCUGUAGAUUGCUCCCAUAUAAAAGCCCUGCUGUUAAGCUUCAGCUAUCAUUAUUUUCUCAUCUGCUGGCAAAGAGUUGUGAACCUAUACAAUGGCAGAUCCCACAAGCUCUGUGCAGUCUGUCCGCUCGGGAGUCAAAGCCAUCUCCCAUGGCAGGUUCACCAUCAGUACCCAGAUUAGCAAUGAGGAAGACACCACGAACAUCUACUGCCAACCUGAUCUCACCUACGGCAGCCUUAGCUCCAACAACCUGACCCAAAACAGCGCUUUUUAUCUGAGGACGUUCGGCUACAACACUCUGGAUGUGGUGCCCAGCCACGAGUAUUAUGCCAACACCCAGGUAGCGGGAGAUGGAAAGAAAAACAGACCAACCCUUGCCGACCUCCGCAGCUACAUGAUGGAUACAGAACAACAUUCCCCUCCUUCGUAUGAAAGUAGAACCCAUGAUGAACUUGGCAAAGGAGAGGGACAAAUGAACGAUGACAAGGUUCCAGUAGAGCCUGUCCGGUUUGGUUGGAUAAAAGGUGUCCUGGUUCGAUGUAUGCUGAAUAUCUGGGGCGUUAUUCUGUAUUUACGGUUAUCAUGGAUUACUGCACAGGCUGGAAUAGCUUUGACGUGGUUAAUCAUCAUCAUGUCUGUAGUCGUAACCAGCAUAACAGGUUUAUCCAUAUCAGCAAUAUCUACUAACGGCAAAGUCAAGUCAGGUGGUACAUAUUUCCUCAUCUCCAGGAGCCUCGGGCCGGAGCUUGGAGGUUCCAUUGGUCUCAUUUUUGCUUUUGCAAAUGCAGUGGCGGUUUCUAUGCAUACUGUAGGAUUCGCUGAGACUGUCAGGGAUCUCCUCAUUGAGCACAGUGCAACAAUAGUGGACCCCACAAAUGAUAUCCGGAUUAUUGGAGUCCUAACGGUUACAGUGCUACUUGGGAUUUCUCUGGCAGGGAUGGAAUGGGAAGCGAAGGCACAAGUUGGCUUCUUCUUUGUGAUUGUUGUGUCCCUUGCAAAUUAUAUUGUGGGGACAGUUAUCCCACCAUCAAAGGAGAAACAGGCCCAAGGCUUCUUCAGUUACCGAGGUGAUAUAUUUACCCAAAACUUCUUGCCCAACUGGCGAGGAGAGGAUGCAUCUUUCUUUGGCAUGUUUUCCAUUUUCUUCCCCUCUGCAACUGGAAUCCUGGCAGGUGCCAACAUCUCUGGUGACUUGAAGGAUCCUGCUGUAUCCAUUCCCAAGGGAACAUUGUCGGCAAUAUUUUGGACAGCACUUUCCUACCUCAUAAUUUCUGCCACCAUUGGGUCUUGCGUGAUACUUGAUGCAUCCGGGAGUGUGAAUGACACCAUUUCAUUGGGGUCAAUGGGAUGUGAAGGUAUUGCCUGUGGCUACGGAUGGAACUUCACUGAAUGUACACAGACUGGUACUUGUAAAUAUGGACUCAUUAACAACUACCAGACCAUAAGUCUGGUGUCUGGCUAUGCACCGUUGAUCACGGCCGGGAUCUUUGGAGCUACUCUAUCUUCGGCUCUUGCCUGUCUUGUGUCUGCACCCAAAGUCUUCCAGUGUCUAUGCAAGGACAACCUUUACCCUGGCAUUGCUUUCCUUGGAAAAGGCUUUGGGAAGAACAAUGAGCCCUUCUACAGUUACCUCCUCACCUACUUUAUUGCUGUUAGUUUCAUUCUUAUUGCGGAAUUGAACACAAUAGCUCCAAUCAUCUCCAACUUCUUCCUGUGCUCCUAUGCUCUCAUCAACUUUAGCUGCUUCCAUGCUUCCAUUACCAACUCCCCAGGGUGGAGACCUUCGUUCACAUAUUACAACAAGUGGGCUUCCCUGUUUGGUGCAGUUGCUUCGUUAGCCAUCAUGUUCUUACUAACGUGGUGGGCAGCUCUCAUUGCUAUUGGAAUAGUUGUUUUCCUGCUGGCAUAUGCACUGUACAAAAAGCCUGCUGUAAAUUGGGGAUCUUCCGUUCAAGCUGGCUCCUAUAACAUGGCCCUGUACUACUCUUUGGGCCUAAAUGAAGUGGACAAUCAUAUUAAAAAUUACAGGCCUCAGUGUUUGGUUCUUACUGGUCCUCCAAACUUCCGUCCAGCACUGGUGGAUUUUGUUGGGACUGUUACCAAAAACCACAGCCUGAUGGUGUGCGGUAAUGUGCUGAUCGGUGGUCAUCAAAAAGAAAAGUUGCCUGAAGUCACCUGUAAUGGACACAUCAAGUGGAUGGCCAAGAGAAAGAUCAGGUCCUUUUACACAGCAGUGGGUGCAGACAACAUACGGACUGGAUCACAAAUGCUAAUGCAGGCUGUCGGUCUGGGCAGGAUGAAGCCCAAUGUUCUCGUGAUGGGAUUUAAAAGCAAUUGGCAAUCUGAUCAUCCGCAGAAUUUGGAAAACUACACUGGCAUUAUCUACGACUCAUUCGACUUGAAUUAUGGUGUGUGCGUGACGAGAAUGAAGCAAGGCCUGGACAUCACACGAAUGACCCAGACUUGUGUAGACACCAGCGCUGUGUUUGUUGAACAGCAGGCCAGUACCAUUUUCCAGUUGGAACAAGGCAAAAAAAACAUAGACAUCUACUGGCUCUUUGAUGACGGAGGUCUCACCCUCUUGCUUCCGUAUCUGCUCACUCGCAAGAAGAGGUGGUGCCAGUGUACGGUCCGCGUGUUUGUGGGCGGUCAGAUCAGUCGCAUGGACGAGGAAAGAAAGGCGAUGAUUAAUCUCUUAAACAAAUUCCGUCUUGGUUUCCAUGAGGUCCAUGUCCUGCCAGACAUCAACCAGAAGCCACGUCCUGAACAAGUGAAGAGGUUUGAGGAUCUGGUUGCUCCUUACAGAUUGAAUGAUGGGUUCAAGGACGAAGCCAUCGUUAAUGAGCUAAGGAAGGACUGUCCUUGGAAGAUCUCAGAUGAGGAGAUUAAGAAAAACAAUACAAAAUCACUUCGACAAGUGAAACUGAAUGAGAUCUUGCUGGACUACUCUCGCGAUGCUGCACUCGUGGUGGUUACUAUGCCUAUCGCAAGAAGGAUUCAAAGCCCCAGUGCAUUGUACCUGGCAUGGCUGGAGACAAUUACACAGGAUCUACGUCCCCCUGUCCUAUUAGUCCGAGGAAACCAGCAAAACGUCUUGACAUUCUACUGUCAAUAACACUUACUCACUUUAACACACUCUUGAAUAUCCUAUCAAGUAGUUGGCACAACAAAUUUGAAUGUGCAGGAGGGAACUGCAGAUGCUGGUUUAAACGGAAGAUAGACACAACUGGACUAACUCAACGAGUUAGACAUCAUCACUGGAGAAAAGGAAUAGGUGACGUUUCGGGUUAAGACCCAAAUUCAGUCUGAAUACAGUCUGAGGACGGGUCUUGACCCAAGAGGUCACCUACAGUAUUCCUUUUGCCCAGAGACUUGCUGAGUUACUUCAGCUUUUUGUGUCUAUCUUCAUCUUAAAUUUGAAUGUAUGAUGAAAAUGAACCUGUGAAACUACACUUCUUUGUACUGUGAUUUUAAGAACUAGAAUGCAAACAAAAGUGAGCUGAGAGUAAAGAGACCAGCAUGAAAGAGCAGACGUUGAUAACAGAGCAUGAUUUUAUGAAGGCAUUCAUUUGUAAUAUAUAUAGUAGAAUCUCUAAUUAAAGUAAUUCUAUUAUGGGUCAAUGAAUAUUGUCCAUCCUAUUAAAUCAAUAGUAUUGCUAAUUCUUGGAGGAAAUUAAAUUAAAACAUGUGGCUAUUGUAUGGAUGUUUUGAUUAAAACACGCCAUCAUGACUGUUCAUCAUCUGCAUGAUGGGUCGAGCCCUCCAACUGGAGUCACCACCUCCAAUCUGCACGCAACAGGGCUGGAUGUGCACUGCCGAUCUCGCUGGCCCUGUGUCAAGUAGGGAGGUUUAUUUUGUGACCCUAACCCUAUAACAGGCUUUGUUGGCAGAGGAUGUGGAGAGGCUGUGAGGAGAGUGAGUGCAGAUUUGUCCCAUCGCCGCUGUCAAGCACUUUUAAUCUUUACAUUUCACCCUGCUUGCUUAGGCGUUUCAAAUCUUUCAAAGUGAAGUAAAUUAUGGGAAAGAUGCAAUAAAUGUAAAUAUUCAAUAAAUUUAUUAAAACAUAAUUAAAGACAUUACUUACCUUCUCCUUUGCUUUUUUCCGUCUAAGUUGCAGGCGUGGGAUCAUCAUGUAAUCAAUGGGUCACAGAUCUGACAUGAGAUGUGAUCUGGUAUUGGAAGCUAGUGUGAUGUUGGGAAAUCUGGCAAGACUGGGGUCCAUCAUUGGAUUCCAUCUGUCACCCAACAAAGUCUCAGAGUCCAAGGUAGACACAAAAUGCUGGAGUAACUCAGCAGGUGAGGCAGAAUCUCUGGAGAGAAGGAAUGGGUCAGUACCCUUCUUCAGUCUCAGAGUCCCCCUGAUGGACCACACAUAGGCGCAAUUCUGAGAUUUACUGAUACAUAGUUGAAAGGAGCUGCAGCUAUUUCCAGCAUGGUUUGGCCCAUGGCGUGUGGUGUGCCUGGGUGAUGGUUUGUGCUGCAAUUUCCUACAUUAUAAGUUCCUGUUUUUUUACGAUGGGGCAGGUAGAACGGGCCAGCAGUGGAAUGACUGAAUGUU